AUGUUGCUUUUCAAUCUCCUCGCCUUCGGCGCGACGAUCUCGUACGGUGAAGUGAUUGGUAUUCAUGCUUUGAAAAGCUCAUCCACCCCUCUUUUCAAAGGCUCCGCCAUCGCUACGAGGUCUAGCAGUGCUGUGCCAUCAACCAUUACUACAGGACCAACCGUCCCAGUCGCCGCCAUUAACACAUGCUCGUACUACAAUGAGACCGAGCAGCGGACACUAUGGGCCGACCCCUGGUGCAGCAUGUACGCUGGAAUGGUUGACUUGGUCUACUGGCCUACCGACAACCAGUCAUACCCAUCAACUUUCUACGACCACAAACAUGAUUACACAUAUUCGUCGCCGUCCGUGUACAUGGUUGUCAGCACGUUGUAUGGCUGGAAUCCUUGUGGCUUGUUGGGGCCUUCGACCAGCAGGGAGGUCUUCGCCUUUGACCUGACUGAGGUCUCCACGCUUGUUCCAUACACUGCAUUAGAUCAAACUGCCCGACGAGCUACUCGACAGCUCUAUCUCAGCGACUUAGGCGCUCACUGCUCGACCGACUACAACAAGACGGAACUUGCGACUCAAACACACCCAAUGAAAUCCGACGAUACCCGGUGCAACCCCUUUCUGGCCGUUCCUGUGGCUGUCAAGCGCUAUGGAUACCCCUACUGGCUGCACUGCGGCGUCUCCAACAACAAGUUUGGUCUGUUUGACCCUCCAUAUGCGAUCCCUCCAGUCGAUGACCUGGUGCCCACGAAGCCGCCCACGACAACAACAUCUGCUAGUGAUGCCUCGGAGACCGAGAACACCACAGCUGCCACCUCUGCGUCUACCAAGGCAACGGCCCCCACUAAUCCGGAGGCUACUGAAUCUGCUACUACCACGGCCAACCCAGUCAAUCCCAGCUCUAGUGAUAGCAGCUUAGAGACAACCAACCCUGCCCCCGUUGAUCCAGAGAGCACCAAGUCCAAUAAUCCUGGAACCUCGGCCGGUGGAGGUACCGUUAUUGUCAAUCCAGGAAAUACCGAAACUACCGCAGCCAACCCCGGUGAUUCCCAUACUACUGCAGGUGCUCCAGGGGAUGAUGGGAACUCUCACCCAACUGCUACCACCAAUCCUCCCCACACAAUCGUUACAGGAACUGAGGGCCAGUUUGACCCGACCGACUACACGAGUGGCGUUUUAUCAACAAGCUCCACCCAGGUUGUCAGUCUUGGGCCAGGAGGUGUUGUGGUCAUAAACCCCGACAGCGGAGACACAAUAACCACUGGCUCUGGAAACACAAUGCCCGGUGCUACAACAGUUUACAACGGACAAACGUUGACUCUGGGAGGCCCAGCUGUGACGGUUACCAAUGUCAUCGUCGUAGUAUCUCCUGGUUACGCGGGCCCAACUGGCGGCGCCAAUACCCACAAUGCUGCAUCAACAGUCCCUAAACAGGUAGUCAGUCUUGGAGCUGGCGGUCUUGUGAUCCUCAACCCCGACACUGGGAUAGCAAUAACCUCUGUCUAUGGUAAUGCGGUGCCUACCACGGCUGUCUAUAACGGACAAACAUUGAGUCUCGGAGGCCAGGCUGUGACAGUUACCAAUGCUGUCGGCGACGCUGCAGGCUUUGGCCCUAAUGCCGAUGGUGCUGUGCCCUCUAACCAGAUAGUCAGUCUUGGAGCAGGCGGUCUUGUGAUCGUCAAUCCCGACACCGGAAUCAUCGUAACCUCUGGCUACGGUACCACGGUGCCUACUACAGCCGUCUACAGUGGACAAACUUUGACUCUCGGAGGCCCGGCUGUGACAGUCACCAAUAUUGCCAACAAAUCUGUUGGUUCAGCGAAUGUCUUCGACAUCUCUCUUGGUUCCGCGACUAGCACUACCGCCGUUGCAGGCUCGGGUCAUGCCCAUGUCGGCGGUGCAUCCUCCGGUCACGCUGAUCUAAUUGACAUUACCCACGUUGCAGGCUCGAGCUUUACGCCCAUCGCAAGCUCUUCUGUGGCGCUGGACUCGUCAGCAAACAAGAUUGCUGGAGGCCUCUUUGGACUGCUUCUAGCCCUGAUGACUUCUAUCUGGGUGUAG